CUCAACUUCCGAUUAUCAACGGCAUCAUCGUUCAACCUUUCGGGGCAUAUCUCGUGCUGAAAUCCCGCAUUAAGACCCGUUUGCACAGCUUUUGAACGGUCCAACGCAAACCGAUCAUGGCGCCUUUUCCCGAGAAGGUCGCCGAACUUGCAAAGCGCGCUGACGGAUGCGGACCUGGCCGCUACCGUGACUUCGAUGGCGAUUGCCACUACUAUUCCACAUGGUACCACUGGGGCCGCUGGGUUUUCGCCGGCCUGGCUAUUCUCCUCAUCCUCAUCAUCUUUGCCGCUCUUCUCCGUAACUCGCGCCGGCGCAGGAGACUAGGUCGACAACCAUUGUACGGAACCGGGUGGAUGGCUCCGGCACCACCUCCGUACUACCCUCCGCCGCCGCAGUACUCGCCCCAUGAUCAGGGGGUCCCUCCCCCGCCGGGCGGCUACAAGUAUGGUGAGGGUGGUGGCUACUACGGCGGCAACCAGCCAAACAACGGGUAUUACGGGGGCAACCAGGAGGGCAUUCAGCUGCAACCGCCGCAGAACGCCUACCAUCGCGCUACCGACAACGACUACGCGCCUCCUCCGGGCCCUCCGCCGAAACCCGCUAACUAGCUGGCAUCACGUUUGGGACACGAGUCACUGAAAAGGUGGAGGAGAUAUUCGCUUAUUCACACCAAAGCUUCGCAGGGAUAACAAAGGGUGGCCGGCGUUAAGGGUUUGUCAUGUUCUGGAGGCCGAUAAGUCAGGUUUUAAUGAUGGUUGGGGUUUCGUUCUGCGUGUACAGUUUCGCAAUCUCAUGACGGUCUUUACCUCUAUUUGAGUUAACUCCAUUGAAGAGAUCCCUGGGUUUCUGCUGAUCAGUGAGCGGUAGCGUGAUGCUUCUGCUGUGUGGCACCAGAGUCUCACGUGGUGUUGCCAACGAAUUGAUUCAUGGAAAGAUGGCGUUUGCAUCCGAUUCU